GAGAAUGUUGUCAAACUAAGCCGCCCUGCCUGCACCACCAGCUCUAAAUAUCAGCUUUAACUCGCACAAACCCUCAUCUUUACCUCCCACUUUAACAGUGUAGCCUAUAAAUCUACCUCACAUACAUUUUAAUCAAAAGUACUGAGUGUAAUUUUUGAUAAAGACAUACACCAGAUGAAUGAGGUGGUGGUGUUUGACCUCUGCGCCAGUGAAAAUGGCCCUGCUGCUUUAAAUACUUCACUAUUAUAACACGAAUCCAUCAUUCUGAUCUGGUCUCUUUUUGUAACACACUGAUGAUUUUCUUGCUAUCAGAUAACUAUGACUGGGAGAGCAGUACUACAGAGACGCCCUGGAGCAGUGCCAUAACUAUAACGCCCGUCUGUGCGCAGAAAGGAGUGUGAGGAUGCCCUUCCUCGACUCGCAGACCGGCGUCGCUCAGAGCAACUGCUACAUCUGGAUGGAGAAGAGACACCGAGGACCGGGUGUGGCUCCGGGCCAGUUAUACACGUACCCCGCCCGCCGCUGGAGGAAGAAGAGGAGAGCUCAUCCUCCAGAAGACCCUCGCCUGGCUUUCCCCUCCCUGAAGUCAGAGUUGGACCUGGGGCUGAAGAAGGACAUGCUUGGCUCCAGCGACGGCAGCAGCAGCCUGGAGGCUCUGCUCCGAGGAGAGCCGCUGGAGAAGAGAUCGGCGCUGGAGCUCAGGCCGAACGACGAGGAGCCUGCGCACAAUGAGUACACGAGCGGAGGACUCAACCCUGCGACCAGAGUUCGGAAGAGAAUUGUGGAACCUGAUGACUUCAUGGACGACCUGGAUGAUGAAGAUUAUGAAGAAGAUACACCGAAGAGACGCGGUAAAGGCAAGGGAAAGGGGCGGGGCGUCAGCAGCGCUCGCAAGAAGCUGGACGCAGCAGCCGCUCUCGAGGAUCGGGACAAACCUUACGCCUGCGACAACACUUUCAAACAAAAGCAUAUUUCAAAAACUUCUGAACGAGUCUGUGGGAAGCGCUACAAGAACAGGCCCGGACUGAGCUACCAUUACACCCACUCUCAUUUAGCCGAGGAGGAAGGGGAGGAAAAGGAGGAGGCGGAGCUUCAAGAGCAGACCCCGCCCCCACCUGAGGAGCCUAAGACCGCCCCUAAGAAGGGUCCUGAUGGUUUGGCCCUGCCCAACAACUACUGCGAUUUCUGUCUGGGUGAUUCCAACAUGAACCAGAAAACUGGCCAAUCAGAAGAGCUGGUGUCCUGCUCCGAUUGCGGCCGCUCCGGUCAUCCCUCGUGUCUGCAGUUCACCCCAGUGAUGAUGGCGGCGGUGAAGACGUACCGCUGGCAGUGCAUCGAGUGCAAGUGCUGCAACAUGUGCGGCACAUCGGAGAACGAUGACCAGCUGCUCUUUUGCGACGACUGUGACCGAGGCUAUCAUAUGUACUGCCUCACCCCGCCCAUGUCGGAGCCUCCUGAAGGAAGCUGGAGCUGCCAUUUGUGUUUGGACCUGCUGAAAGAGAAGGCUUCCAUAUACCAGAACCAGAACGCUCCCCCGUCGUGAUGGACCCGCCGCAGAACACUGGCCCUGCCUUCUCGGUUCCCAGCUCUUUAUGUGGCCUCUCAAUGAGUGAGGGAAGAGGUUUAAAACAAAAAAAAAAAGAGAGAGAGAGAGAGAGAGAGAGAGAUGCUGGGGACCAGAAAAGGGAAACAUAGUUAACCUAUUUAUCCAAGGAAAGGGAGGGAUGAAUGGAUAAAAACGAGAAAAGAUAAUGAAAAAUGGAAAACGAAUCCCUCCUCUUGGCAGGUUUAAUUCCAAUAUGACUGUUACACAGUUCCAAGUUUUAAACUACCCACUGCUUUUUGUUUUCAACUAUUAAUCUUACAACAAAACAAAACAAAAAAAACAGUAUCUAUAACUGACUAAUCCAAACCCAAACUGUCUAACAAUGUGCUCUGACAGUAGACGACUCUGCUCAUUAGUAAACGCCUCCUUCAGCUGCUCGAACUAUUCACCAAAACCCACACUAGCUAACAUCAGUAGACUACUCUUCACACCGGUUACGUUUCUAGUCGCCCAGUAAUAGUUGAAAUCAAUCAGCAUGCUUGUUCGUAAUAAGACAAAUGGUAGCGUGUUGUUUUUUUUUUUUUUUUUUUUUUUUUUGUAUAUUUAUAUAUUUGUAAAGCAUAUAAAGGUGUGAUGUAUUUAAAAGUGAGAUUAUAAAAAGUGAUUGGUUAUUAUUUUAGCGGUAUUAAGCCUAUUUCUUUAUGUCGAAAGCAUCAUCCGCCAGUGCCAUCGAUGCGUAUGCUUCGCCGUCGUCGCAGGGUUCAUCCUUUAAAAUGUUUUUUUUUUGGUAUUUUUUUUUUCUUUAGUUUGUAAAAAAAUUUAAAUAUAGCUUCCUCAAGGAUCUAAUAAAGUUAAAUGUAGUGUAUUAGUGUAUAAGAUGGCUCAGGAGACAUUGUGGCUUAUAAUCGAUUAAAAUGUAAAUUCACGCAAGAUUCGUGGAUUUGAGAAUAACAGCUCACAACUCAGGUUGGUUUCUUGUAGAUUUUAGAUUCUUGUCAGAACUAGCUAAUCCAGUACUGACACACUGUUUAGCAUGAAAUGCAAUAUGGCCUGAUUUCUAAAAAUGGACAAAAUGGUGUACACGACAUUCUGUCUGUUCAGAUGAUGGUGUUAUUUGUCAAGACGGUUACUUAGUCAACCUGCAGUACUUUGAGUAUUGCUUCCAGCACCUGUCACUUUGACCGUAUCCUAGUGUCAUUUACAGUUAGAACUGUUUAACCAUAUGCAUGUUUACCUGGUACCACUUAUCAAAGUACACUUACGCUUAUGCUCGCCUCUUGUUGCACUCAACAUAACAAUCUUUAUUUGGGAAAGUUUUGUAAUAUUUAGUUCUGCUGUUAUAUCAGUAGUCAACUAACCAUUAUUAACACAGUAAAUAAAGGUAACAAGUUUUUGUUAGUACAGCUAUUUGUUUUUUUUGUUUUUUUUAAACAGUGGCCAUUAAUUUUUUUUUUUUUUUGUCAAUUAUUUUUGCCAGGUUGUUUUUAAGUGGUUUGAUUCAUGAUGGAAUGUUUUGCUUUGUGGUACAAAUCUUGAAUUCUUUUUCUCCAAGGAAAAUAAAACCUAUUUAGCACUGAC